AUGGGUUUUGGGGCACCAGCCAGCAGGUGGGUGGGAGAGGAGAAAGGCAGGGCAGAGGUGGAGAGCGAGCCCCGCUACACCAGCCGACCAGCCAAGCCAGACACCGUCUCCUCCUCGAGGUGUUCCUUCGAGAGGUCCUCCUUCACCAUCUCCUCCUUGGUGGGCCGCAGCUUGUCCCCGUGGACCAACCAGGACAAGACCAAGGAAGAGCAGGAGGAGGAGGAGGAGGAAGAAGAGCACAUCGAAGUGGUGGACAGCGUCGACGACGGUCCUCUGAGCGACCCGCACGACACACCGGCGGAACAGAGACGAGAUGAAGAGAAGUCUCCCUUAUCUCGAGUGUUAUCUCCGCCGCCGGGACGAGACGGGAGCCCCGCCGUCUCUACCAGCAGCCUGUACGGGAAGAUGUCGCCCGUCACCACCAGAGUACAGAUGCCCGAGUUCAGCAUGGCCCUCAACCUCACCUCUAAGGGCCCGGACGAGGGCACCACGUCAAGCUUACGUGAGCCUCUAGUGUCCAGUAAGAUCAGUGAAGGCGGGAGUUUAGCGCCUCUGUCCCCUCGAGAGGCGCCUAGUUUCCCCAUCACUCGUCCCUUCCUCCCUUCUCUGCCCCUUCACACUCGCGAUUCCCUUCUCGACCUCCCGCGGCCCCCUAGCCUUCCCCUCGGCCUCUAUCCCCCGCCGCCUCUAGUCCUCUUCAAGAAGGACGGGGAGGCCUCGUCGUCGUCAAGCCUGGAUGCCAACCGCAACAGCCUGGCUGUCUCGUAUCCAUCGUCGCUGAGCUACUCGUUCCCCUGGAGCAUGGCGGGAUCGGACAGCCUGUUCCCCUGGUCGCUGCCAGGCCACGGGUCCCUGCCCCUGGACGGCUCCCUGGUCAAGCCCCUGCCCCUGGGCGACGUGUACUCGUGCAUCAAGUGCGAGAAGAUGUUCAGCACGCCGCACGGCCUCGAGGUCCACUCCAGACGCUCCCACAACGGCAAGAGACCCUUCGCCUGCGAGUACUGCAACAAGACCUUCGGACACGAGAUCAGUCUCACGCAACACAGAGCGGUGCACAACGCAGAGAAGGUGUUCGAGUGCAAGCAGUGCGGCAAGUGCUUCAAGCGCUCCUCCACCCUCUCCACCCACCUACUCAUCCACUCGGACACCCGCCCCUACCCCUGCCAGUACUGCGGCAAGCGCUUCCACCAAAAGUCCGACAUGAAGAAGCACACCUACAUCCACACUGGUGAGUACCCGACACCCGCAUGGCCUUGUAGCUUUAGUCCUAGUUGCAGGCGAUGA